CACGAUCACGUGAUCCCCGUGCUUCCUGUUUAUAUCAUGAGAACGUUUCUAACGAUAUGACCAAGUAACUCUGUCCCGCUCAACAUUCGUUGUAAUUCUGUAAUGCGACAAUGGGGUUCGUGUCCUGUCUCUCCCUGUUUGGGCUGCAAUUGUAUAUUGUUAACGCGGCUCCUGUUAAACCUUUGGAAACUGCUCACCUGAGAGGCGUAGGAAAGUUCUGGCAUGUCUCCGACCUGCACCUGGACCCCACCUACCACCUGACAGAGGACCCCACCAAGGUGUGCUUCUCCUCCAAGGGCGUCCCAGCCUCCGAUCCCGGCUUGUUUGGAGACUUCAUGUGUGACUCACCUUACCAGCUCAUCCAGUCUGCCUUCACACACAUCAGACAGGCUGGCCAGCAGGCACAGUUCAUGAUAUGGACAGGGGACAGCCCCCCUCACGUCCCGGCAGGAGAGCUGUCUACAGACAUGGUGGUCCAGGUGAUCAGUAACAUGACUCAAACCAUCAGACACUACUUCCCUGACCUGCCUGUCUACCCCGCCCUCGGAAACCACGACUAUUGGCCGCAGGAUCAGUAUCCCACCUCCACUAAUGCUAUCUACCAAGCUGCUGCCAAGCUGUGGCAGCCCUGGUUAAAGCCCUCCUCUCUGCAGACCCUCCGAGAAGGUGGUUUCUACUCCCAACUGGUCCAGUCUGGCCUACGUCUGGUCAGCCUGAAUACUAACCUGUACUACAGCCCUAACAAGCAGACCCUCAACACCACAGACCCCUCUGGGCAGCUGCAGUGGCUGCAGGAGACCCUGGAGGGUUCUGUUCAAGCCAGGGAGAAGGUGUUUGUGAUAGCUCAUGUCCCCGUGGGGUACCUGCCCUGGGCUCGGGACACCACAGCCAUCAGAGAGAUCCACAACGAGCAGCUGGUCUCAAUCUUCAGGAAGUACAGUGACAUCAUCGCUGGACAGUUCUAUGGCCACACCCACAGAGACAGCAUUAUGGUCCUACAGGAUGAACAAGGUAAACCGGUGAACUCCUUGUUCGUCUCUCCAGCUGUUACUCCAAUCAAGAGUGUGUCAGAACCAUAUUCCAACAAUCCUGGCUUCCGCAUGUACCUCUACCAACCCCAGGACUAUACUUUGCUGGAUGUUUGGCAGUACUACUUGAACCUGACAGAAGCCAACCAGUCACAAAGACCUGACUGGAAGCUUGAAUACAGCCUAAGAGAGGCCUUUGAUCUGAAAGACCUCCAGCCAGAGAGCCUGUUCCAGCUGGCCUCCAGCUUCCAGGACCAGCCCAGUAAAACCUUUCCCAAGUACUUCAUACACUUCAUGGUCAGCUACAACAGCAGUAUUGAGUGUGAGGAUGACUGUAAGCUCACCCAGCUGUGUGCUGUGCUCUACCUGGACCAGGAUUCCUACUCCAAGUGUAUUAAGAAAGGGAAAUCAAUAAAUCAUCAUUAUGUUUCCUAAGAUUUAGCCUUAUCAAGGAUCUUUUUAAUGAGAAAUUAAAGCACAGAAUAAAAAAAAUCUAUGUUUUUUAACACCUCAUCUUUGAUUGAAAGUAUUGAACCUAAAGGUUGCAUUCACCAUGAAAUGUUUCUUGAAUCUCUGUAUAAUUGUAUGCUGCUUUUGAAAUCCCUAUAUAUGUUUAUUAUAUCAAUACUGUAGCAGAGGAACAAUGCAUUAUUGAGAAAGAAUAAAUGUUUUAUAAAUGUUUUGAACACAUACGAGAUAUGAGGGGAUGAUGGAGUUAUUGUUCACUUUAAUAAAUAUCAAGAGAGAAUAAUACACAGAGA